AUGAUAGCAUCUGCACAGUAUGCCAGGACUAUUGAUUUCUGUGCAAAAUAUGAUAAAGCUGAAAUCAAUACUUAUAUUGAAUUAUUACAAGCCUCAAAAUCAAAUUUUCUUACACAUCAAAAUAAUUUAUUGAACAACUAUUACUCAUGAAGCUACUGCGACAGCUCAAAAAUCGUUAAAACUAGCUUCCUAUCGACCUGGGAUUUUUUGAAUACUCCAAAAGUGUUUUAUAAGAAUUUGCAUGAUGAAAUUGAUCUAUUUGUUGAAAAUGUAAUCAAUAUUUAGUCUGAAAAUUUAAUUUAUAAUUUAAAUCGUCCUGAGGAUUACGUGGAUAGCUUGCAGUUCUUGAUCUCAAAUGGUUUUGGCGAGACUUUUAAGCAGGUAAAUUCAUCUCUUUAUGGGCUAAUUGAUUGUGAAAAAAAUCAAAUUUACAAAUUAAAUUUUACUGUCAAGCUUCUUGUAAUCAUUGAGUCGGCUCUUGCAGGAACCUGCAUCAUUGUGCUUAUUAUGAUAGUAUAUUUAAUAAGCAAAAGAUAUAAUUUAUUGUGAAAUUUUAUAUAACUUGAUUUAAAUGUAACAAAAAAAUUACUAACUCCCCCCCCCUCCGUGAGCGAACAAAAAAAUUUUGUUCGCUCACGGAGGGGGGUUAAUUUUUUUUUUUAAAAAAAAUUUAUAUAUAAAAUUUUAUAAAAAAUAUUUUUUUCGAAAUUUAAAAAAAUCCUCCUAAUUUGCAAAAAUUGGGAAGCAAAUAUUAAUUUAAUUUGCAAAAUUUAUGUUUUAAAACGCAAUUUGUUUAAAAUUAAACAGAAUUAGCUCUAGAUUUCAUUAUACUAAUUAUCACUUAUAUAUCAAAAUUUUUUUCCAUUAAAAUUUUUUCUAUUAAAAAAAUUUUUGUUCACUCACGGAGGGUGGGUUUUUGGUCAAAAAAUGGCGAUUUUUCUAAUGGUUUUGUUCGCUCACGGAGGGGGGGGGGGAGUAACCACAAAGCUGUUUUUGAUAAGAAUAGAAUAAUAACCAUUUAAUUUGUGAGAAAAAUAUUCGAAAAACUAUAUCAUUCAAGCAGCAACUGUAACGUAUUUUGAUUUAGUUGCUUUGUGUAUUGACAGGCUAUCAUCAGUUCACGGUGUCAAUUUCAAUCAAGAAUACCAGGAUGCAGUGCAAAAAAAUAUUAGCAAGGGUAAAAAAGUCAACUUUACGGUUUCUUCGAGGUAUAUCCUGCGUCUCUUGAUUCUUUUUUCGAUUAUUGCCUGAGCCUGUUUUUGGCUAGGUCUAUAUGAUGUCAGUGGUGAAGUUGACUUUACCAACAUUUGUAGGUAAUGCUAACUCUCCAAAUGGAAAAUCUUCAGUAACAAGUGGAUUUGUCAUCUAGGAGUGAUUUUACCACCAAAUGUUGGUUAAACCAACUUCUCUGCUGAUUUCGGAAGACGUUGUAUAGUUUAAGUCAAAAGAAGGCUCGGGCUAUACUAUUGUUUAUUAUGUAUGUGUGCAUGUAUAUAUAUACCCAACAUGUGAAAAAUACCUAAUUGAACGGCCUGAGCUCCUAGCAACCUACAUAUCCAGAAGAGCUCUUACUCCUGCUAUUGGGUUUUGGGCAAGAGAGGCAGGCCUUCAAAGGUUUGGUAAAGAGUUUUGGACUCUUAACCCUUAUUUUUUCUCAAAUCCAGAAGAAGAACUUGAUAAAACUCUGAGCUCUUUCUAUUAUUUAAAUAAACAAUUGCUCCAAAGGAUGCAAUAUAUGUCUUCGAUUGUCAAGUCAAAUCUAUUUGAAUAUAAAAACACAUCGACUCCAGGAUUCAAAUAUGGCACAUUUUGAUAUACGAAUUUACUUUUUUAUGACGCUUGGGAUCUCCAAUAUGAUAAAGAGAACUUUUUUGAAGCAUCUCAAAAUUUAACCAACAGCCUGACCCAAUUACAGCAAUUAAUGACUAAGAUUUAUGAAGUUAUUGAUCAAACCUCACAAAAUAUGAUUUUAGAAAAAUCAAAUUUUAUCCUAUAUGCUGCUGUUGCUUAUGUUCUCACGAUAAUUAUCUUGUAUUUUUUAUAUUAUCUUCCAUAUAUCGAAUAUGAAAUGGAAAGGCUAUCAAAACUUCAGGUGAUAAUUUCAAUCAUACCACCUAGUAUAAAAUCAGAAAAAUCACCAAAGCAUUACCAAGAGGCAAGCUUUCAAAUAACAACUAUAAAAUAA